AUGUCGUUGCGUCCCCUUGGAUGCAAUUCUAGCUUAUCCUUCGCGCAAGUCUUUCGAAAAUGUGCGAUUUUACCACCCGUCCGACCCUCCCCCUGUCCACGCGACACCCAUAUCAGACUUCAACGGCCGCGAAGAACUCUGCAUCUUGCGGACCCAACAUCAUUGUUGCAAAGGACUCUGUUCGGAACUCUGCCCCAAGCUGCGCAUACCCCGCAAAGCCGAAACAAGCACGUGUCCGCUAAACAGUGCCGACAUGAAUCCUCUGCAGCUCAAGCAGUUCCAGAACUAGAGCCUUGCGCGCAUUGUGGCGGAAGGACGUAUCCCAAGAUUCGAAAGCCCGUCGACCCGGAAGACCCCUCCAGAGGCUGGCACUGCAAACCAUGUCUCCGAACUCUGCGUGUCCACGGCCAUCUCCCAAACGAGGAACAACUAGUGGAAAUCAACCGGCGGCGAAGAGUUCGGGAGAGCGGGGAGGCAAGCAAAACAAGUCCGUGUAAGCAUUGCGGCGAUAUCACAGCCCCAAAAAGCAGUCGCAAAUUUGUCGAUCCUGAUGAUCCCCAUGCGGGUUUUCACUGUCGGCCAUGUGUACGGCAUAUGCACCACCAUGGAGCCCUGCCCUCUGAGAUUGAACUGGUUGGGAGGAGAUCUCGGAAGAAUGCUCUUACUAAGGGCGAAAAAGCAAAGCCUAAGUUGAAACCUGCGCAAGAGCUGAAAAAGGAAGAACCUCCAGCUCUUGACCCAGAAGCUCCUAAGCGAGCUAAGCAGAGCCGUGAUCCGCACCCUUGCCGCCACUGCGGCGACCAGACCUAUUCUAGCAGCAAGCGGAGGCUCGUUGAGAUUCAGAAUCCGUCCGCGGGGUAUUAUUGCCAACCGUGCUCUAGGUGUCUCAUUGAGACCGAUACCUUGCCCUCUGCCGCUCAAAUAGAGGCGCUCCGAGAUCUCCGGGCGAGACGAAGCGUUAUCUCUCCCGCAUCAGUGCGAGGUAUGAAAAGUCCUUGCUGUCACUGCGGCGAUAUUACCUCCCCGGGCAGCAAGCGCAAACUCGUUGAGCCCAAGAACCCUGAUUCCCGUUACUACUGUCGCUCUUGUGCCGAAUGUCUGCAGGAAACGAAUGCCCUGCCUGACGAAAUGCGUCUCGCUACUCGCAAGUCUCGCGAAAGGGCUAGAUUGAGCAACCUCACAAAAAGUAGUUCUACCCAGGGGAGCUCAUCUCCUGCAGGUGGUGAGGCCAAGACCUGUGCGCACUGCAAGAUCGAUGGAAGCAUUACCCAGUUGAACCACUUCCCACCUGCGAAAGGGGAUGUUUGCUCAUCGUGUGCUAAUCAUUUUAAUCUUAACGGUUCCUUUCCUAAUUCGGAUGCGCUUCUUCGGCGGGACAGUAACAGAAAAGCGCGGGUGCGUAUCCAAGCCGAUAUUGAAGCUGGUCGACCGCUGUUCUGCUACCAUUGCAAGACCCCUCGACCUCAGUUCCCGACUAGACAUUGGAAGAUCGGAGGACGGUUCCAUGAUUUGGUGUGUCCCAAGUGUCAGUCGCAAGGGUUUUAA